AUGUCUACUUCAACGUCGCCUCAAGCCUGCGUCCCCGUCGCCACGGACUCCCAAACCGACAUCGCCACCUUCAUCUCCAUCAUCACGGCGGCCUUUUCCAGCACAGCCCUCACAACGGCAUUCAUAGUGGAUAUCGACAAGACGCCGCCGCCCUAUCCAUCGCCGCUGGUUGACGCUGCUCGGCGAGAACGACAUUUCUCCCGCGGGAUACUCGAGAGCGCGGCCUCGGGCGCUGAACUGGUGCACGCGGGCGAUUGGUCUGCCAUAGCGUUGUGGGAGACUCCCACGUACCAGGGCAAGCCGUUCAUUGACUCAAAAGCUCAGCCCGGUCCGCUCCUGAGCGAAUGGCGAGACAGAGUCAAGGCCGCCAAGGCAAAGUAUCUCGCUGUGCCGGCCGUCUCAAACGCUACAUCUGCCAAUGCCAAUGCGGAGGAAUCAAACUCCAAUUCACCAGCAGCUUCAGUAUCUGAAUCCAGCUCCGACCACCACAGCCAGGACAACACCCAAGAACGCCAACUGCGACCGUUCUACCACCUCUCGUUCCUGGCCCGCAACCCCGCAAAACAACGCGUCCAAGGGAGCAUCAAGGCGGUGAUGACACCCUUUCUCGAGCGCGCCAAGGCAGAAGGGGUGCCCGCGUGGCUAGAAGCCACCACCCCGCAAGCAGUGCGGCUGUAUAUACAUUUCGGAUUCCGGGUCGUCGAGGAGAUUGUAGUGGGGAAGGGCUCGGUCGAUGCCCUGGGGUGGCCCGCCGCAGGAGACAGCGCCGAGGGUGUCAAGGCAUGGGCAAUGAUAUUCGAUGCGCAUUUGAGCGAUUGA